GCGCUGGGCUGCUGGUGUUGGAAUGCCAAAGCUGUCGCGGAGGUUAUUUCAGACGCGGGCCUCCUGCCGUUUGAAGAAGAUGAAUGUGGUCCGGGAGCUGCGCUUACCAUUGGCGAUGAGGUGCGGAUUGACGUCACCGUGGAAGAAGCGAAGCAGCUACAGGUGAACCACGGUGGCUGGAACGACCGCAUGACGCAGUGUUGUGGACGGGUCGGGCGUCUAGAGGCUAUCGACAAGGCCGGAGACAUGAAGGUGCUGGUCCCUGGUGCCGGCGCCUUUGUUUGGAAUCCCAGGGCGCUGCGGUCGCUGCACGCGCAGAGGUGGGAAUCUGCACUGUGCGAGAGACUCUGUGGGUCACUCGAAGGCACUUUGCCCCUCGCUCUCCUCGCUGCCCUGUCGAGUCUGGGAUGCCGCCUCGACACUGACGGUCUAGCGGCUGCCUAUGAUGAGCUAGCUGCUGACGCUCAGAGUUCGCAGGAUGGUGGCUUCCAAGGAUGGCUCUUGUUGGCUUCGGCGGCUCUGCUUGUUGAGCCCUCCGUGGCGGCGGAGUCUCUUGAGUCUCUUGAGGAGGUCCAAAACAAGUCCGGCAAGGCUUUGGGAA